CAAGGUGAUGAAGGUGGGCAAAUUCCUCCAAUCCAACCCCUCCGUUCAUACAUACGUUACCAUUCUCCAGUUUCGCCCACAAAAUGUACUGCUAGCUAGCUGCUUGGCCAAUCCUUAGCUAGCUAGCAACCGCGCGGUCGAUCAGGUAUAAAGACCUUUGUCAGCGUCUCUUGGAAGAACUGGAAUAUCUGCAAGAUAUCCAAACACGAAAUGUCAAGGCCCACGAGAAACAAGAGGGUGGUUGACUACUCACAGUUCCAGGACUCUGAUGAUGCAGACGAGUAUGCAGGCAAUGCUGAGCGGAAACGCAAGCCAGGAAUCACCGCUGACAGUGAUGACUCGAAGGAUCGCAAUUUGUCAAACGACUGUGACGGGGACGAGGACAACGACUACAAAGAAGAGGAGGAGGAUGAGGACGGAGGAGACAGUGACUACGACGCCAAAAAAGACCGGAAGGCAAAGCAAGUGACGGCCAAACGGAAACGGCCUGCAGACGACAGCGAUGAGGACGGGGCCCCGCGGAAGAAGGGCCGGCAGGUGCGCCAGGCCGCCACCAAAGCCGUGUCCAAGCAGCGCGAGAUGAUCCUGGGGGACGGCGGCAGCGAGGAGGAGGGGGAGAAGGGAGACGAGGAAGAGGACGACAGUGACGCCUACACCGGCGAGGACUCGGGGAGUGAUGAGGACUUCUGUGUGGAUGAUGACGACGAUGACAGCGACUACGGCAAGCCCCGGCGGAGGAGCUCAAAGGGAGGCAGGAGAGGCAAGCCGGAGAAGAAGACCACCCCCAAACCCCGAAUAAGGGCCUCAGCUACUCGCGGCCCCAAGAAAAAGAGGGGCCGGAAACAGCCCCGGGGCAGGAGAGUGGUGAAGAAGGUGCUGCCCAAAGAGGAGGAGGACGACGUGGACAGCCCCAAAGAAGAGGAGGAGGAGAAGAAGGAGAAGAAGGAGGAGCGCACACCCGAGAAGAAGGCUCGUUUAGCCCCCAAGAAAUCUGACGACGAGGCUGAGGACACGAAGAAGGAGGAAGAGGAGGAGGAAGACGAGGAGGAGGAGGAGGAAGACGACGGAAAGAAGAAGAAGGAGAAAGUGAAGGAGGAGAAGGAGAAGGAGGAGAAGGACGAUGUUUCGGAGGAGGAUCCUCCGUCAGGUGAAGACUAGUCGUCUUCCUGAACCAGAUUCUGAAAAGGUUUUAUCUUUAUUUUUGAAAAAAAAAAAAAAAAAAAAAGUUCCUUCGGUGUAGGCCUCCGUGGAGCGUUCGCUCUGCGCGUGCCUGGCUUGAUGUGUCCGCUGUGUUGGCUCAUGUCCUCUGGCUUGUAAAUACCAUAUCAGAUCUUUUUGAACGCGCCCUGAGCCCCUUCCCUUUGAUCAAAAGAACAGAACCUGUGGUUUUGACAAAAACGCAAACUUGCAGAACAACGGUUUAGAGAUUGUUGAGAGUUCCCAGAAAGGCGUUUGUUGCCUUUUGCUAAAUAAUGGGACAAUGCGUGCUAAUGUCUUUUAAACUAAUUUUGCACCAGUUGCUUAAUCAUGACCAUACAUGAUAAAUUGACAGCAUUUUUAGCAGUUUAUAAUACAACCCAAAAAGCAUACUUAUUAUGCUUUAAGUUUGCUUGGUAGAUAUAUGGAUACAUUUCAGGGACUACGUUAGUGGCAGUGUAAAUUUGCUAACUUCUUUGAACACGUGUAUGCAGCUUGAAUUAAUUAUUGCUGGCUGCACUUUUUAUAUGAAAAAGAAGAAGAGGACGAGAAUCAAAACCCUAAUGUUUCCGACAAAACAUUGUGGAUCACCGUCAAGCUGUUGAUGAGAAAAUGUGCAACACUUUUGUGAGUGCAGUUUGUUUAAUAAGUCAUGAUUUCCCCAUUUAUAUUUGUGUAGUGCUAUUUUCCAGUAUACUUCUCUGUGAAAUGGCUUUGUUGAGAUGGCAGGCCUCGGUUUCUGAAGAGCUUCUCUGACUGUAGUCAGUGCAUAAUUGAAAAUAAAAUGUGUAUGAGAGCUUUGGUGUGUGUGAGCCACACAUACUGUAGCUAAGCUUUGUACCACUGAAGGGAACUGAGGGCUCACGCCUGUAGAUGGAGUCUGUUGCUUUUUUCUUCUGAUCCAAACCCCUUUGUAUGCGUGAUAUGGAUGUAGCUAUUGAGGACUUAAACGUCAGCAGCAUCACAGUAUUGGUCUGCUCCUCUGUUGGCCAUCCACAUUCAUUGAUCAAUGAAUCCGUAUCUUUCAGCUCACCAAUGUAAAUGAUACUAAAGGGCCGUCCACACCAAGAACGAUAACGAUAACGAUAACUAUAACCAUAACGAUAAAAGCGUCCACACUGGCCAACGAUAAGAAAAGUCUCUCCUCAUGUUAAUGAAUGUGAUGGCUAGAAUAUUAUGGGUUCUGAUUGGCUGUUAGCUUUUUAUCGUUCUCAAAAUCGCUCUGAAAGUGAUCAACAACGAUAUCGUUCUUCAUGUCGUUAUCGUUAUAGUUUAGGUGUGAACGUUGUCAUUCAUAUUAACGAGAGCGAUAUUUAUUUAUAGUUAUCGUUAUCAUUAUCGUUCUUGGUGUGAACGGCCCUUAAGACUGCAGUUUGAUGACGUUUUGUUCCGCCUUUGUCUUUUUUGGCGGCGUGCUUUUUCUAUGUGUACUAUGUGCAUUUUACUCGAAAAGCAGCGAGUGUAUUUGGGCGAGGAAUGUCUCGGGGGGCAGUCUGAAUGGUGCACACAGUAUAGAUCUUCACGACAGCACAUUGUGUUUAUUCCUUCUCUCUUCUCCUCCUUUCUUAACGCUACAUUUUGACCUCUGUGACCUUUGCUGUGUGUCUGGAACGUUGUGAUGCUUCUGGGUGCCUUCUUGAAGAGAUUCUGUGUGUGUGUGUGCCAGGGUUGGGGCCGUCUCGGUGUGUGUGUGUGUGUGCCAGGGCCGUGUGUGUGUGCCGGGCCUGGCUCAAGUCUGCCGGAGCGUGAGCACCUUUAGCAGGCCGUCUUCUGCCUAUUUUUAUGGUUUCAAUCUUAAAACAAUUUUAAUCGCUUUCGAUUUUAAUCUCUAUUCCCCCAUGAAACAUUCUCUAUCAUAAUUUAUCCAAAAUGUUUUUUUGUUCUGUUUUGUUUUGUUUCUUUGUUUUUUUUGUUUGUUUUAAUUACUCUGGUCCGAUUUUGUAAUAUUUGUUUUACAAAGAAAAUAAAUAAAAUGUACCCAGGUUUUAAAGACA